AUGGAGUUUAUCGACAAAGAUUUAUGGACCAACGCUGCUCAACGAAUUGAAUGGAUCCAACCCCCUUCGACUGUGCUCGGCAGUCGUCGCGGCACCAAUCCACAUAUUUGGUUCCCUGGAGGAACGUUGAAUACGUGUUACAACUGUCUAGACCGUCAUGUAAAAACAGACCCUCACCGUCCAGCAUUUAUAUGGGAUUCUCCUGUGAGCAACUCCAAGCGCACAUACACCUAUGAGCAAGUAUUGGAACAAGUUCAGACAUUAGCCGGACUUCUGUGGGACCACAAAGUCCGCAAAGGAGACGUCGUGCUGAUCUACAUGCCCAUGGUACCAGAGGCUGCUUUUGCGUUGCUUGCUUGUGCGCGUCUUGGAGCAAUCCACAGUGUUGUCUUUGGAGGAUUUGCCCCCAAGGAACUGGCCAAGCGUAUCAGCGACUGUAAACCCAAGGUGAUCCUCACCGCAAGUUGUGGUAUUGAGCCGAAACGAACAAUCGCCUACAGACCUUUAUUGAAAGCGGCUCUGGCCAUGACAAUGCAUACGGUUCCCGUCACACUUGUCCUCCAGCGCCCAAUGCUGUACGCGACAAUGGAACCCAACGAUUUGGAUUUUGCUACUGAAAUGGAACGAGUUCGGCAAAGUAACUUGCUAUUCAAAGAUUGCGUCGAAGUAGCCAGUGAGGAUCCAUUAUAUAUACUUUACACUAGCGGAACCACGGGGCAACCAAAGGGCGUUGUACGAUCGAAUGGUGGCCACGCGGUGGUUAUCAAUUGGAGUGUGGAGUACGUGUUUGGCAUAAAGAAGGGGGAUGUCAUGUUUACUGCCAGCGACAUUGGUUGGGCUGUGAGCCAUAGCUAUACGGUUUAUGGUCCGUUGUUUGUCGGGGCAACAUCCAUCCUGUAUGAAGGCAAACCUGUGCUGACGCCUGAUGCUGGUCAGUUUUGGAGAGUGGUGUCGGAAUAUGGCGUCAAGACAAUGUUUACGGCACCAACCGCCGUUCGAGCCAUUCGAAGAGAAGAUCCAGCAGGGUUAUUGGCAAAGCAGUACGAUAUGAGGUCGCUUAAAGCGCUCUUCCUUGCCGGUGAGCGCAGUGAUCCCGAAACACUGAGAUGGUGUCAAGAUAUUGUGGGCAGUAGCUGUCUAGUCAUUGAUAACUAUUGGAGUACAGAGCUGGGUUCACCUGUGACAGCCACUUGUAUGGGCGAUGUGAAUCAGUCCAUGAAAUUAGGUUCAGCUGGAAGGCAAGUACCGGGAUCGCUCAUUCGUGUCAUUUUGGAAGACAGCCACCAGGAAGCUACCGGUCCCAAUCAAUUCGGCAAUAUCGUUCUCAAACUUCCAUUACCGCCUGCGUCUUUCCCUUGUUUAUGGAACAAUCCUGAGGGGUAUAAUAAAAGCUACUUUGCAAAGUAUCCUGGGUAUUACGACACUGGUGAUGCGGGAAUGAUUGACGAAGAAGGUUUUGUGCAUAUUAUGUCGCGUGUGGACGACAUUAUCAAUGUGGCCGGUCAUCGCCUAUCGACAGGUUCUAUCGAGGAAAUCCUGAUUGCGCAUCCGAAAGUAGCAGAGUGUUGCGUGGUGCCUCUACCGGACGAAAUCAAAGGACAUGUCCCAUUGGGGAUUUUGGUACUAAAAACCGACGAUGACAUUGUAUUUGAAGAGCUACUGGAGGAGCUCGUCGCAAAUACACGUCGUGAUCUCGGCGCGAUCGCAUGUUUCAACCGAGCCGUCAUUGUUCCCAAGCUUCCAAAAACCCGCAGCGGCAAGGUUUUGCGCCGUUGUAUUCGUGAUAUGCUCGAAGGCAAGCCCUUGAAAGUUCCCGCUACCAUCGAAGAUGAAACCGCAUUACAGGAGAUCCAGGAUAUUUUAGAAGCACAAGAACUGCUGCCCAAAAAGAUGUCGCUAGCUAAACUUUAG